UGUUCACAGUGUUACUUACAACAAAUAGCUAGGCGGUGGCCGCAGCCCGUGUCCACUCAGAGAUGAGUGGGUAAGCACAACGUGUUCUGGUCACACAAUGGAGUAUUAUUUGGCCAUAAAAAGGAAUGAAAUUCUGGUAAAUGGGGGGGCAGGACACGUAGGUGGAGUGCAGAGGUAUCUUGGGGCAGUGAAACUACUCUGUAUGAUUUUGUAAUGAGGAUAUGUGUCGUUACACAUUUGUCCAAACUCCUAGAAUGCACACCGGGAGCAGACCCUCAUGAAUCUGCCGAUUUUAGGUGACAAUGACGUCUUAAUGCAGGUUACUCAGCCGGACCAGAUGCCCCGCUCCCCUGGGGGGUGUUGACGAGGGAGCGGAUGAAUGUUACAGACGCAGGAGAAACUGGAAUGAUCUUGCCAUCUACUGAAACUUGCUGAAGCAAACCGUUAUGACGUCUCCGGAAAGGCUAGUCUGAGGGUACAGGAUGGCAAAGAGGUCAGCAGCAAAGCCUAGGAGACGGGGCUGGGGGAUUUAGCUGCUCCGUGCCUCUCCCGGCAGCCUGGGAUCCCCGUGCUGGGCGCCCCGCCCCAUGGAUCCCCCGGGCUACAACUGCUUUGUGGACAGAGACAGGAUGGACGCGGCCGUGCAGGACCUGGGCCCCAAGGAGCUGAGCUGCACCGAGCCGCAGGAGCUGAAGCAGCUGGCUCGCCAGGGCUACUGGGCCCGCAGCUACGCCCUGCGGGGGAAGGUGUACCAGCGCCUGAUCCGGGACAUCCCCUGCCGCACGGUGACACCGGACGCCAGCGUAUACAGCGACAUCGUGGGCAAGAUCGUGGGCAAGCACAGCAGCAGCAGCCUGCCCUUGCCCGAGUUUGUGGACAACACGCAGGUGCCCAGCUACUGCCUGAACGCGCGGGGCGAGGAUGCCGUGCGCAAGAUCCUGCUGUGCAUCGCCAACCAGUUCCCCGACGUGUCCUUCUGCCCCGCCCUGCCCGCGGUCGUGGCCCUGCUGCUGCACUACAGCACGGACGAGGCCCAGUGCUUCGAGAACGCCUGCCGCAUCCUGGCCUGCAAUGACCCCAGCCGGAAGCUGGUGGAUCAGAGCUUCCUGGCCUUCGAGUCCUCCUGCAUGACGUUUGGGGACCUGGUGAACAAGUACUGCCAGGCGGCCCACAAGCUGAUGGUGGCCGUGUCAGAGGACGUCCUGCAGGUCUAUGCGGACUGGCAGCGCUGGCUGUUCGGGGAGCUGCCCCUUGGCCACUUCGCCCGCGUCUUCGACGUGUUCCUGGUGGAAGGCUACAAGGUGCUGUACCGCGUGGCGCUGGCGAUCCUCAAGUUCUUCCACAAGGUGAGGGCUGGGCAGCCGCUCGAGUCAGACAGCGUGAAGCAGGACAUUCGCACCUUCGUCAGGGAUAUCGCCAAGACCGUGUCUCCUGAGAAGCUGCUGGAGAAAGCAUUUGCCAUCCGCCUCUUCUCCCGGAAGGAGAUUCAGCUCCUGCAGAUGGCCAACGAGAAAGCUCUGAAGCAGAAAGGCAUCACCGUCAAGCAGAAGAGGCAGUUUGUGCACUUGGCGGUGCACGCGGAGAACUUCCACUCAGAGAUCGUCAGUGUGAAGGAGAUGAGAGACAUCUGGUCGUGGGUCCCUGAGCGCUUUGCCCUCUGCCAGCCCCUCCUGCUCUUCUCCUCGCUGCAGCACGGGUACAGCCUGACCAGGUUUUAUUUCCAGUGUGAAGGACAUGAGCCCACCCUCCUGCUCAUCAAGACCACGCAAAAGGAGGUGUGUGGGGCGUACCUGUCAACAGACUGGAGUGAGAGGAACAAGUUUGGAGGCAAAGUGGGCUUCUUUGGGACGGGAGAGUGCUUCGUGUUCAGGCUGCAGCCUGAGGUCCAGCGCUACGAGUGGGUGGUCAUCAAACACCCGGAGUUGACCAAGCCAGUGUCCUUGGAGGCCGCUGCCGCUCCAUCCCCUCUCGGCCGCCCCACAUCCUCAGACCCUGCCGACCGCCUCUCGCCCUUCCUGUCCACGCGGCACUUCAACCUGCCCUCCAAGACCGAGUCCAUGUUCAUGGCUGGGGGCAACGACUGCCUCAUCGUAGGUGGAGGGGGCGGCCAAGCGCUCUACAUCGAUGGGGACCUGAACCGGGGCCGCACUGGCCACUGCGAUACUUUCAACAACCAGCCCCUCUGCUCUGAGAACUUCCUCAUCGCUGCCGUGGAGGCCUGGGGCUUCCAAGACCCCGACACCCAGUGACAGGCCUGCGCACGUGGGGACGGAGCGGUCACCGUGGGGUGGGGGUGGGGCAGUGGCCCCCUCUUCAUGGGGCAGGCAGUAAAGGAAGAACCCCCCUCCGUGUGGUGGGCAGAAUGUGGGUGCAGCUGGGGCUCUGGUGCUGGGCCGGGAAGGGGUGCCCGGGCCUCAGCUGGCUGAGCCUUGCCCUACUCAGACCUACGCAGACUUGCUUGGACUCAGGCCCUGCUUCUCUGUGGAGCAUCCUGUGCCCAACGCCUGGAAGGGGCUACAUCUUGCAGCCCCUGAGUCUUAGUCCCUUGGUGCGGAGACGGGGACUCCAAAAGGCAGAAGGAACCUUCCGGCAAGUGUGGGUCCAUGGCGCCCCCUGCUGGAGCCUGUUAGCACGGCUCUGAACGGAGACCUGAGGCUGCCACCUGGUGGGCUGCUGAAGGCCCCCCAGGAGAGACAGACGCCUUGGCGGCUGCCCCCUGUCCAUAUCCCCUCCCACUGUCCAGGGCUUCUCACCCAGUGUCCUCUUCUGGUGCUGGCCUCCUCUGGCCGCCUCUUGGACAGGAGCUGCAAGGUGAAAGAGGGAAGGGCAGGAUCUGGGCCCCUCCUGAGGGAGGGAGAGCCGGAAUGAUGCAAGGCUGGAGAGGAUGUUAUGUGUCCUCGUGUUUCAGAGCCUGACGCUCCUGCGGGGCCUCUCUGUGGGUUCACAACUGGAGAGGCUGCCCAGGACGGCCCAGGGACGGGCCCUCUGCCACUGACCCCAAACCCGCCAGCUGCAUUUCCACAGGCUUGUCCAGAGAAACCCAGACCCCUGGGGUUUUCUUCAGCCUUCCUCCUCUCUGCGGGAGAGGGGGGGGCCUCCUCUGCUCCCCUCGGUCCCUGCAGUGGCCCCAGGAUCCUGUCCAGACUCCUCAGCGUGGCAUGCUCGUCUUUGUCCAUCCCCACGGGCCCAGGUUGCCGGGCCCCCCUCCCCAGAUCCUUCCCGCAUGGCACCUUCACCACAUGCCUCUCUGUGCGCCUCUCACAGCCCUGUGUCUGGCUACACAGUGUGGUGUCCUCGUGCUGUGGCCUGUCCCCCACUCCCCUGCCCCACCUGGCUCUGCACACGCCCUGCAGACUGUAGGGACCACGUGCAGACUUGCCAGGGGGUGCUGUGGGGAGUGACCUCCCACCCCAUGCCCUCCCUCAGCUGGUCCUGAGGGCCUGGGCACCCGGGGAGGGGGCGGGAGGGGGGGAGCAGACAGACAGACACCCAAGCAGCCGUGCUGGGGGCUUUGGCAGCCUGGGCCACAGGUGCUGGGGUCCUGGCCCCCACGUGGCUGCAGCCAGCCUCUCGGUGUCCCCACGCGUGAUGCCUCUGCUGUCUCCAUCUUGCUUGGUCCUCCUGUGGGGCACUGGCCCUCCUAGUUCAGUCUCCUCUGAGCCGGGCCGCCGUGGCGCAGGAGGAAGGACCAGGAGCCCUGUGUGGCUUCAGGCAAGCCCGUGGACCUGCCUGGAACCCAUUUUCCCCAACCGUAAAAAGGGGCCAGUCAUCCUGCACCGCUGUCCCCGUGGGACUGUUCAGAGGUUCUGAGGGGGGCCGUGUGAGUCUCCAGUGAGUGGAGAGGUGCCGGGAGGCAGUAUCACAGUUCAUCCCCCCCCCAACACACCACGGCAGCCCUUGCCCCCCCAGCCCCAGCCCUCCUGUGGCGCAACUUUGGUGUUCAUUAAACACGGUCUUGUUACAUGAA